AGUUUGGGGGUUUUAUCUCUCUAUAAGGAUCUGGUGUCUCUCUCUCUAGAUAGCUCUGUAAAUCUCGAAGAAUCAAAAAGAUUAAAUCUUUGGGGUUUUUAUUUUUCGCGGGAAAAGAUGUCAGGAAAAGGCGCGAAGGGUUUGAUUCACGGCAAAGGAGCCGGAAACAACAAAGAUAAGGACAAGAAGAAACCCACCUCCCGAUCCUCACGAGCUGGCCUUCAGUUCCCGGUGGGUCGUAUCCACCGUCUUUUGAAGCAAAGGACCACAGCUAAUGGGAGAGUGGGAGCAACUGCUGCAGUUUAUUCUGCAGCUAUCUUGGAGUAUCUGACUGCUGAAGUUUUAGAGUUGGCAGGCAAUGCCAGCAAAGAUCUGAAGGUGAAACGUAUCACUCCCAGGCAUUUGCAGCUUGCAAUCCGUGGUGACGAAGAACUUGAUACUCUGAUUAAAGGUACCAUUGCUGGUGGAGGUGUCAUUCCUCACAUUCACAAGUCGCUUAUCAACAAGUCGACCAAGGAGUAGUGAUGGGGGACAAAUUCUGAGGAGAAUCUUCUUUGUGACAUAGAAUUAUGUGUUUUAUUUAUUACUUUGCUAGUUAAUUUUCAUGUCUGAUAGUAUCUGUAAGGGAUAAUUGUGAUUGGAACCUCUUUUUCUUAAUUAAUCUAGGCUUACUCUGGGAGGUCUGUUGUCAUAAUGCCGUAGUGCAUAGCUGGUAUCAAAAGAAUGUUUGGACUA